CGGCGGUGGCGGCGGGACCGGCAGGAUCAGCAUGGGGAAGCAGAAGAAGGCGCGGAAGUACGCGGUCAUGAAGCGCAUGAUCAGCCUCCGGGAUGAGCGCAUGUGAGUGUGGCCGCGGCUGGGCCCGGUCCCCUCGGGAGAGGCUUGAGGAGGUCACGGCCCAGGUCUCUCCGCCGCUGCCGGCCCUUCCUUAUUGCUGUACCUCAGUAGUGCCUGUGCUUGUUUGCAGUAAAGAAAAGGAUCGCGCAAAAGCCCCCGUGAAGAAGAAGGAGGACCCGAGUGCCAUCAAAGAGCGGGAAGUCCCCCAGCAUCCCUCUUGUUUAUUCUUCCAGUAUAAUACACAGCUGGGCCCUCCUUAUCACAUCCUUGUUGACACUAACUUCAUCAACUUCUCCAUCAAGGCCAAACUGGAUCUAGUGCAAUCGAUGAUGGACUGUCUCUAUGCCAAGUGUAUUCCAUGUAUCACAGAUUGCGUGAUGGGUGAAAUCGAGAAGUUAGGACAGAAGUACCGUGUGGCAUUAAGAAUUGCCAAGGACCCUCGGUUUGAACGCUUGCCAUGUAUGCACAAAGGAACCUACGCCGAUGACUGCUUGGUGCAGAGGGUCACUCAGCACAAAUGUUACAUUGUGGCCACAGUGGAUAAAGAGCUCAAGCGAAGAAUACGAAAAAUCCCUGGAGUGCCUAUAAUGUAUAUUUCCAGGCACAGGUACAAUAUUGAGAGGAUGCCAGAUGAUUAUGGAGCUCCAAGGUUCUAACCUGUCCAGGCAAGCCAUCAAUGCCAGGAUAAGAGUCCUUCUGAUUCCAGUCCUCCUGCUUUCUUCGUUGGAACUCUGCUCAUAGGACUGUGGAUAACAUCAAACUGACUGCUUAACCUUGUUUUUCUAAGAAAAAGCUGUUUUGAAGAGUGGUUUUAUUAAUCCAUCCUCUGCCUUGGUCUGAUUACCUGCAGCUGGAAGAACAUAUGGAAGACAGAAGACAGCAGGGCCAAGAAUGUGCCUAGCUCUGCAUCAGGACCAUUGGAAAAAGUGAUUUCAGCAUUCUGAAUUAAAUAUUGAUGAUGAAACUCUGGCUAAGAAUGAAACCACAAGGGAUUCUAAAAGUUUCUUACUGCUGCACCCGGAGUGGGACAAGUAUUCCUUUGGGAAGCUACCUCACACCUGUUUAAUCAAAUCAGAAUAUGGAUUCCGCAGAAAAGACAUCAGAUUUGCACCAGUUGGUGGCUUUCUCUGGAAAAGCAGUCUAGAUUUUAAUUCAGAAUUGAUGGGCUUUUAUUCAACUGUACAGUGAAUGAAGUUUGUUUAAGUGUCCUCUCAGACUACUUUUUCUGUACUUGGUUAGCUGGUGGUCCUUUUGCUUAAAUUUAGAGUGGUGGAUGGCAGGGUGGGGUUGGGUCAG